GAUAAAGACCAGAUAUCGUCAUGUGGCAGCAUCGGACAAUCGGCCUUUUGGCCUUAAUAGUUGCAACACAUGUCCAAGCACAAGAGGGCGGUGGAAUUGGUGGCGGCGGAUUCGGCAGCGGAGUCGGCGGUGUAGUUGGCGGAGCUGAACCAAUUAGAUUCAGACGUGGAUCAGGACCCAGUGUUGUCAGUCUAGAUGAAGGUUUCCGUCCAGAGGGCGGUGGAAUUGGUGGCGGCGGAUUCGGCGGCGGAGUCGGCGGUGUAGUUGGCGGAUCUGAAGCAAUUAGAAUCAGACGUGAAUUAGGAGCCAGAGGGGACCAUAUAUUGAUUGAUGCCGUUAGCAGAUCUGAACCAAUUGUACGUGAAUUAGCAUUCGGAGUUGGCGAUCCAGAAUUUAGUGCAGAAUAUGGAAAAUUACCGCGUUCGAAGCGUUAUAGCGGAGGCUUCGCCUCCAGUAGCGCUAGCAGUUCAGCCAGCGCAAGUUCGUAUGGUGGUGGUAGCGGUUUCUCCAAAUCCAAUUCUCAAGCUACCGGCAGUGCUUCGGCAGGUGCACAAUCCUCGGCUUUGACAGAUGGUGGAUACGGAGGCGGUGGACAUGGCGGCGGUGGAUACGGUGGUGGUGGACACGGUGGUGGUGGACUCGGUGAUGGCGGUGGUCACGGUGGACUCGGAGGUGGCAGUGGACACGGUGGUUACGGGGGUGGCGGUGGACACGGUGGCUUUGGCGGUGGCAGUGGACACGGUGGCGAUGGCAGUCUAGCAGGUGGCCAUGGUGGUUUCGGAGAUGGUAGCGGAGGUGGAUACGGAGGCGGUCACGGCGGACUCGGGGGUGGCGGUGGACAUGGUGGAAUUGGCGGUGGUCAUGGAGGCGGUCACGGAGGUGGCGGUGGACUCGGAGGUGGCGGUGGACUCGGAGGUGGCCAUGGUGGACUUGGAGGUGGCGGUGGACACGGUGGACUUGGAGGUGGCGGUGGACACGGUGGAUAUGAAAGCGGCGGUGGUGGAUUCGGAGGUGGACACAGCGGCAGCGGUGGGUACGGAGGUGGCAGCCACGGAGGUGGAGGGCAUGGAGGCGGCGGUGGAUACGGAGGUGGAAUUGGCGGUGGACACGAAGGCGGUGGAUAUGGACUCGGAGGUUAUGGUGGUGAUAGUCACGGUGAUGGAGGUGGAAUUGACAAAAUUAGUGGAGGUGGUUAUGGUGGAGGUGGGUCUGGCGCCGGCGGCUACGGUGGAAGUAGUGCCGGUGCUGGCAGUUAUGGAGGAAGUGGUUCCGGAGGACAUGGUGGUGGUGGUGGUCACGGAGGAUAUGGUGGUGGUUCUGAUGGUGGUGGUGGUUAUGGCGGGGCUGGUUCUCACGGUAGUGCAGGUAGUUACGGAGGUGGUGGUAGUGGUACCGGAGGCUACGGUGGAGGUGAUCAUGGCACCGAUGGUUUGGGAGGUGGACAUGGAGGACUUGGAGGUGGUUCUGGCGGUGGACAUGGAGGAUCCUUAGGUGGUCAUGGAGGAGGUUUAAGUGGUGGAUACGGAGGUGGUGGUGGAGGAUUGGGCGGUGGACAUGGAGGUGGAUGUGCUAGUGGAGCAUGCGGUGGUGGCGGAUAUGGAGGUAAAGCUAGUGCUCAAGCUAGUGCAAGCGCAAAUGCCGGUGCUGGAAGUGGCGGAGGAUAUGGAGGUCACGGAGGUCUUGGCGGUCACGGACCGGGAGUGGAUCUAUUCUCCCGUAUUGGUGACACUGAUGACGGUGGUGCGAGUAAGAGCGGUACCGUCGAAGGGGCCAAAGGAGUUUACAGCAGCAGCUCGUCUAACAUAGACAGUACCGGUAAAGGUACUUACUCCGUUAAAGCUGGUAAAAUUCCAGCGUUCCGAAGAGAGGUUAAAAUUGUUUUGAGUUUAGACGACUUACGAAAAGAUCAAUUGUUCGUAUUAUUUACGAAGAUGAGUCGAAAGGAAGCAUUAUCUCAAUUUAUACAACAAAUUCAUGGACGACCUGUUGUUGUAAAACUGAACAGCGGUGUCGAUUACAGAGGUGUACUGGCUUGUAUAGAUGGCUACAUGAACAUAGCACUUGAACAAACGGAAGAGUAUGUUAACGGACAAUUAAAGGAUAAAUAUGGGGAUGCUUUUAUACGGGGGAACAAUGUGUUGUACAUCAGUACACAAAAACGUAGAAAUUAAUCGUGAAAUAUAAAUAAAUAGAAACUAAAUG